AUGCGAAAUGUCUGUGCACAUAUCAAUGCAAGCAUAGACAAUUACGAUCGAUAUCGGACACUCACCAUACUGAAUCUUCGAUAUGACAAAAUCAGUCCAGAAAAAGUACAACAUCUUGCUAAUGCUUUACAACAAUGCCAAACAAUCACUACAUUGUACUUCCAUAACAACCAAAUUGGUCCACAAGGAGCACAAUAUCUUGCUGAUGCUCUACGACAAAAUCAGACGAUUACUAUAGUAAACCUUCAUGCCAAUCGAAUCGGUUCACAAGGAGUACAAUAUCUUGGCAGUGCUCUGCAGCAAAAUAAAACACUUACUACACUUGAUCUCUGGGACAAUCAAAUUGGUGAUCAAGGAGUACAAUAUCUUGUCAAUGGUAUACACGAAAACAAAGUAUAUACACUUAUUCCAUCUUCACAUUCUAUCAUUCACUAUUUUAUAUAG